AUGAGUAAAACUUCAUUUGAAAAUUUACUUGAAUCAGAAAUAAGCGAGGACAAUCAAUCCUAAUCAUCCGAAUAUAAAGUUGAAUUAAAAAAACAAAGGGGAAAUCAGACGGCCACUGCUGACGCUAAACGUUACCACAAAAUCCCUUUAAAAACCUAAAUUAUUCUAUUCUAAAUGGUGUUUAUAAACGGAAGACGUAUAAAGCAAGUUGCCAAAUCUUUAGGUAUGAAUUACUCAAGCGCAAAAUCACUAAUUCAUUAUUAUAAAAAUAACAAAAGACCGAUUCCAGCAGCUAUUUCAAGUAUUUUGAACUAAAAUAAGGCUUGUGGGAUAAGGAAAACAAAAAGUGGAAAUGACAAAAUGUUGGUUUCCGUUCAAGUUUAAAAGAAUACCAUUCACAAAUACAAUUAUUUUUAGUUACUUAAAAUAUAGCAAUCACUUUAGAAUAUCUGA